GUCUCUUUGGUUUCAAGUGACAACCCAUUGAACCCCACCAUGAACUUUCCCUGAAAUUACAAGGUAGACAAAGAAUCAUGUUAGGUGAUAAAUUACAAGUCCUUGUUCAGUGCUGGAAUAAGCAUCUCUAAUAGAGAUCCACACAUGUUUAAAAUUUCAUCCAGUUAAUUCUGCAGCCUCUAAUCACCAGUUCAGGAUUUGGUAUGGUUCGGAUGACAGAUAUGCUAAGGGGGAAGAUCUCUUCAGAACCAAGGAGACAUGCGUUUUCCGGUGAGUCGGGAUACUUGACCCCACUUCGGGUUUUUGGAGAUGGAGAUCACACAAUCACUGAUUUGGAGCUCCGAGCUGACAAAGUUGACGCUGAUCAUCAGAAUAUACAGGAUUUAAAGCUGGAAACUAACAAAGUUGGCCCAACUUACCAGAAAAAGCAGGACAAGAUAAUAGCUGCACUUAAGCUCUUAAGUUUCCGGGAGGAACACGUUUUGGUUCAAUUUUGGUCGCCUCAUGAGUAUGGGAAGCAACAAUUGCUUUCAACUAUAGAUCAACCGUUUGGUUUUGGUGUAACUGAUGUAGGGCUUAGUUCGUAUCGAAAGGAUUCUGAGGGAAGAUCUUUUACUGUGGAUAAAGAUCAUGAAGAAGGGGACGGUAGUCCUGCAACUCGAGUAUUCGGACUAGGAUUGCCAGAGUGGACUCCGGAUUUAGAUAAUUGCACCCCAAAACAUUUUCCACAACAAGAAUUUGCGCUUAGUUGCAAUCUUCAUGGAUAUUUGGCUUUACCAGUUUUUGAUUCGAAAACGCAGUUAUGUGUUGGUGUGCUUGAGCUCUUGACUUCUUCAAAGUAUCUGAGUUAUGCUUAUGAGGUUCAACAAGUUCACAACGCUCUUGAGACAGUAGAUAUGAGAUCCCCACAACCAUUUGAUCGUCCUUCUUUAAAUGUUCCUAAUGACAUCAGGCAAGAUGAUUCCGAUAAAAUCUAUGGUAUUCUAAAAAAGGUGUGUGACAUCCACAAUUUACCUCUUGCUCAAACAUGGGAAGUGUCCCAACAAAGUAGUUUUGUUUCCCAUGAAAAGGUUAUAGAGAAGAGCUGUAGUAGUUUCGACACUAGAUGUGUCGGGAAAGUCUGCAUGUCAAGAGCCGCUCUACCUUUUCACAUUCGAAACUUGGGCAUGUGGCCAUUCUUGAAAGCAUGUACAGAACGACACUUGGACAGCUCCCAUGGCUUUGUUGGCAAGGUGCUGUUAUCCCGCGGUUCAUGUUUUUGUGGAGAUGUAACCAAACUCAAUGAAGAAGAGUACCCUUUAGUCCACCAUGCACGCAUGAACGGGUUGUCCAGCUGCUUUGCAAUCUUCUUGCAUAGCAUUGAAGCCAAUGAUGACUAUGUGCUAGAGUUCUUUCUACCGCCAGACAUCAAAGACAGUGGAUGCGUUCAGAACUUGGUGCAGACAUUGAAGCAGAGCAUUGAAAUAGCUUCUGGAUUUGAAUUGGGUGACAGUUCAAUUAUACAAGUAGUUGGACCACCUACAGAAGUAAGCAAAUCAUUAAGUAUAGACCCUCAUACUAUCCAUAUAUCAUCGGUUACAACAACGAACAACUACAAAUUUGAUGCAAAUACAUCAGAUUCUCAGUCAAUCGUGGUGAAUAUAGCUAAUAAAGCCGAGUCUUCUGCAAACGUAUCGAACCAAUGGCAACCCAAACAAAAAAACCGUGGGGAUGAGUUUAUACGACAUCACUCUAACGUCGUUGGUGCAAGCAAAAACAACAAAAGGAUUUUCGAUCCCAAUGUGAGUAUGAAGAAAAUGAGCGAUAACGUUACUGAUGCUGCAGAAAAAAAUAACCGUUCAAAGCAAGGCAGAAAGCCUAAAAUAGACUCUCUUACAGUGGAGGCAGUAGAGAAACAUGUUGGAAAACCAGUAGAUGAAGCUGCCAAGAAUUCAAUGAGAACUAAUGCAUUGCAUAAUGAUGAUCACCCUGCUGCGACUGAGAGCACAGCAAAACCCAAAAAUACAAUAAACAAUAUAGUCCGGUAUUCGCGUGUUGCAAAAGCUAGUCUUGUUCAUGCAUCCCCAAAACAGACCGUGGCCAAUAUCUCAGAUGUAAAGAUGGUAACAGUGAAGGCAACUUUUAAAGAAGAUAUGAUAAAGUUCCAAUUCCCUGCUUCAGCGGGCCUUUUGGAACUAGAACACGAAGUUGCACGAAGGAUUAAGUUAAACAGUAGAAGGCCUAGUUUAAAAUACAUGGAUGAAGACAAUGAUCUGAUACUCCUUGCUUGUGAUGCCGACUUGCAACAUCUUCUAGAGUUCACAGAUAAUCACAGCACUAUCAAAUUAAUCAUUGUGGCUGGUGAUUAAUUAUAGAACUAUGCUACUUCGGUAAUGAGGUCGAUCAAACAAAUUGUCAUAAGGAUGUAUACAUCCAUCAACUUAGAGGAUCCUGAAAAGUUGAUUGUAUAGAACUUGUAGUAGUAUAUCGGAUGUGUAUUUGUAUACAUGGGUUGUAAGUGUAGAAUUUUUGUUUUGGUUUGUAUAAAAUGGGUGUAAAAGGUUGGUAUAUAUAUAUAAAAGUUAAAUAAAAAAAGAAAUAGCCA